AUGAAGAAAAGAAUUGUUGUCAUCGGUGCUGGUCCAUGUGGACUCGUGGCUGUCAAGGAAAUGAUAGCAGCCGGGCAUGAAGUCCGAGCAUUCGAAAGAUCAUCCAGCCUCGGCGGCGUCUUUGCGAGCGCUGCCUCUUAUCCGGAUCUACAUCUCACAAUUUCGAACUGGGCCAUGUCAUUCUCUGACUUCCCCGAUCCGCAAAGACUUUGUUACCCAUCAGCGGAUGCAUACUUCCAGUAUUUGAAGAACUAUGCCCGACAUUUUGGACUAGAUGACCAUAUCACCUAUCACUCAGAAGUUUGCAGCGCGGAAUUGAAGGAAGAUAGGCGCUGGUCACUGGAGAUCCAGCAGAGGUCUCCAUCGGUAGGAGAGGUUACUAUUCUACGCUUAGAAGCAGACGCCAUCAUCGUCGCGACGGGGGCAAACCAAGCCCCUAAGCAAACACCGGACGGCCUCUCUGAGUUCACUGGACAAAUUCUUCACUCGAGUGAAUAUAGCCAAACUUUCAAGCACCAAGUCAAGAAUGAGAAGCAGCGGGUGCUGGUGGUUGGUGGUGGUGAGAGCGGCGCCGACGUCUCAGCAGAGCUCGGCGACCUGUCGCCGCAUGUGACUGUGUGGCUUCGACGACCAGCCUGUAUCGGCCCUCGAUACCUCAACAAGGCCUCGGAGGUGGAGCAGAUGCAGGCGAACAAGACGUGCGACUUCCCGGCAAACGCCUUCCUGGAGGCCGCAACAACAAACCGGAUGAGUGCUUUACAGAACGCGUUUGCCUAUGGUGUUUUCCGGAGACUUCUCUGGAGCACGAAAACCAUUCUGAACCCCACCUUGUCGCAGAUGUGCUUAGAAAGUACGCGGCCAGCUCCGUUCUUGAACGACCAAGCCACGUACGUGACCAAGAACCAGAGGAUGUGCGAAGCUCUUCACCAGAAAAAGAUCGAGGUGUUAGUGUCUCCGACAAUCAAGACACGUGAUAAAGUAUGCGAAUUCAUUCUGGCCGACGGCACUGUCGAGAAGCGUGAGUUUGACGCCAUUGUCCUCUGCCACGGGUAUCGCACAGAUUUCCCAUGGAUCAAAGUGCCGGUUUCGCGAAGCCCGCGAGACUGGUAUCUACAUUGUUUCCCGCCGGGUCUAGGUCAUUGCCUCUUCUUCGUAGGCUAUGCGAGGCCGCAUCAAGGAGGCAUCCCAUGUGCGGCCGAGAUGCUUGCGCGAUACAUCGGACUGUUGUUGCGCGACGAUAAGAGCCUCCCAGGGAAUUAUGCAUCUUUGGCCCAGAAUGAUCAGCUUGCCGAGCGCGAGUAUUACUUCUUGAGCCCGGACCUUCACACGCUGGUGGAUUACAACGCCUUCAUGGAGAGUGUUGCGCGACGCAUAGGCUGUGAGCCGAGGUUGCCAAAUUUUUGCGUGGUCACUUUCAACCUUCACAUGUUGGCCGUCGUUUCAUUGGCGCUGCACUGGUUCAAUAUGAUAGAGCCUCGACUCGGCCGCUUGGCUUUGGCAUUGUGGGUGAGCACAUUGGCGGGCUUUCUCAUACUCGAGGACGGCCUGCUUUUCAAAUGGUGGUUUUAUCCCCACUGGAGCGUGUGGUAUCGACAACGUGGUCCUGAUGCCGAUCCUACUCUUCUGAAGACUGUGCUCAGCCGUGUCAAUAUUUGGAGAGCGACAGCUAUAACGAGAGGCUUCGUGCUUUUGCUGGUGUGGUCGGUGAUGACCGUAUACAUGCAGUGGUUGCUUUCUGUCCCAGUCUUCAUAGUGUACACUAUCUUCACCUCAGUUGGGCUGCGAUUUUCAAAGAGGUGGGGUGGGAUGUUGCGGCCCAAAAUGUUCGCUCUGCACGACGCAGAGUGGCGUCUUUCGGAUUUGUUUCUGCCAUGA